AUGCCGGGCGCGACGCCCGACACCCCCUGCCGCGUGCAUCGGCUCGUCGUGCGCGGCGCAGAGCAGACCCACGAGUCGGUCAUUCGCAACGAGCUGCGCGCACUACGCACCGCCUCUAACCUCGGCGAGAUCCACGCGGCCUGCGCCGUCGCGGCGGCCCACCUCGAGUCGCUCCAGAUCUUCGAGGCGGCGGACUUCGCGGUGGAUCGCGCGCGGGCCGACGGCUCGCAGGGCGACAUGCCGCUGGCGGACGUCGUGGUCACCGUCUCGGAGAGGCAGCGCCUUGCGACUGCCUCAACCGGAGUCCACUCCACGGCGGGCGAGGGGUCGAUGGACGCCGAGGUGCGAGUGCGCAACCUGUUUGGCCGCGCGGAGCCUCGCUGGGGCGGGGCCGACGCGAGGCUGCACGCAGAGGUGUGCAAGACGGUCCUCUCGCACCAGCGAAAGUCGUCGCGCUCGGGGGAUGGGCGCGCGGAGACGGAGGGCCGCGGCUGCCACGAGGUGUCGUACGAGGCGGGGCUGCGCGAGGUGAUGUGCUGCCCCGCGCAUGAGCUAGCCCAUAGCUAG